UGACAACAACAAUCAUGGCUCUGAGACAAACAUUAUUUACUCUUGGCAAAAAAUUAUUAUAUUCACAAAGUCAAAGAUCAAUAAGUGUCACACCUGUAUUAAAACUCAAAGAAAUUAUUGAAACAAAAGAGGGUAAUACACUGAUAAUUGAGGGUAAAAUUAUUCCUGAUCCACGUGACGUUAAUUUGUUCAAAGAUGUUGGCAAUGGAUCAUGUCUGUUAUGUUCCACCGGUGUUGACGUUAAACACACAGAUGUUUUGAUUCUCAGUCAAUAUUUAAAAUCAAAUGGAGGCGUGUUACCAAGAAGAAUAACUGGUCUAUGUAAAGUGCAACAAAAAAGAGUUGGUAUAAUGAUUACAAUGGCACAAAAAGCUGGUCUCAUGCCAAAUAUUGCUCCAAAAAAUAGUAAUAAAGAUCCAAAAAAACGUCGUGGUGUUAAGAAAAAUAAUGUUUACUAUGAUGAAGAUACAAUUAAACAUAAAUUUUAUGGUGUACAAUAUCGACAAUAAAUAUUAUUACUAUUAC